AUGCAUGCGCGGGGUAGCUCAUUAUCUUGCUUCCAGACUCAGUCAAACUCGCACACUACCCACAUACCUAUACAAAAGUACCUGUGGAACAGGCACCAGAGACUGAACUCCCUACCCCCGGGGCCUACACCUCUCCCACUUCUGGGGAACCUACUUGAUUUAGCAUCCAAAGACCAGCUAGAAACAUAUCGUAAACUGCGUGAAAAGUAUGGAGACCUGGUCACUCUUCAUGUGGGGUCCAUCACAAUGGUGGUGGUCAGUGGUUACGACACACUUCGGGAACUCUUCGUUAAGCGUGGUGAAGUCACGUCUGACAGACCUGACCUAUUUGUAUUCAGGGAAGUAACGAAUGGCGAAGGAAUUGUGAGCAGAUCAGGGCCGGAAUGGAAGAUACACAGAGCAUUCGCUGUUGGAGGACUAAGGGAUUUUGGUUUCGGCAAGAAAAGUAUUGAAGGGAAAAUAAUGGAAGAAGUUGAAAUAUUUCUUCACGUUCUUGAAGAGAAACAAGGACAACCCAUAAAUCCAGAGUCUUGUAUGCAGACUUGUAUUGCAAAUAUUAUAUGUGCGAUUACAUUUGGUAAGAGGUUUGAGCAUGGCGAUCCUGUAUUUAUAGAACUAAUCGACUUGAUAAAGGAAAACUUAUCUCUUAUCGGACCCGCCGGACUUCUCAACAUCAUGCCUUUUGUCCGGUUUGUCCAAGGGGAUCCUGUCGGUUGUAAAAAGAUACUUAAAAAUGCAGACAAAGUCAUUAAGUAUCUUUACAAGCUAAUUGACGCUCAUCAGAAGGACUUCGACGAAGAAAAUAUUAAAGAUUUCAUCGACGAUUAUUUAAAGGAGAUAAAGAAUAAGGAAGGACAGGAUACUUCCUUCACAGUGUCACAGCUAAUGAAUACCAUGUCAGACAUGUUUGUUGCUGGAAUAGACUCAACAACCACGACUCUACUCUGGGUUAUCGUGUUCUUCCUCAACUACCCGGAUGUACAGGAACGUUGUCACGAGGAGGUUACGAAGGUGGUAGGAGAGGGUCGUUUCCCGUCCCUGUCAGACCGAUCACAAAUGCCGUAUACUGAGGCGACCAUCACAGAGAUGUUCAGAUUUGGCGAUUUUACUCCGCUUGGACUGCCACAUGCUACAAGUACUGACGUCAGUUUCAAAGGACAUAUAAUUCCUAAAGGAACAAUGUUGAUACCAAAUAUCGGCUCUGUCCACACUAAUCCUGGUAUAUUCCAAGAUCCGGGUAAAUUUAACCCAUCAAGAUUCCUUGACAGUGAUGGCAAAGUCUGUGGAACUGACCAUGUCAUACCAUUCUUUUUUGGUCGCCGUGUAUGUAUGGGUGAGGCCCUCGCCAGGUCAGAGCUGUUUCUCUUCCUCACCUCCAUGGUACAACGUUUCCAGCUCAAACCGACAGGUCUUGAUGGUAUUCCGUCUGUUAAAGGCCAGUUUCAAGGUAUGGGGAAGAAACCGCCUACUUACAAAUGUAUAGCCAAGAAGAGACUAUAGAAUCGGUACAUAUUUCACCGUAUUUUCUCAUGGACAGGAACGACAAAUCAUCCGGUGACUAGCUGGAUCUUUGUGUUUUUCGGCAUAGCCGUAUAAUUUUCUUUUGUUCCCGGAUAUGACGCGACAGGUGGCGUUACUGGUCAAGAUGAAG